CAAACAAAUCUUCCGAGAAAAGGAAAAGGGGGGAGAGAGAGAAGUGAACUCAAGUCGCCGGCGCCGCCGCGGAGAAGAGAAUCCCGGCGAUCUACGCGACGCGCGGAGAGGGAGCAGCGGCGGCGGCAGCGGGGAGAGGAUGCAUUCGUUCGGGCACCGCGCCAACGCGGUGGCGACGUUCGCGGUCACCAUCCUGGCCGCCAUGUGCUUCGCCGCUUCCUUCUCCGACCAGUUCAACUCCCCCUCCCCCACCGCCUCCGUCAAGAUCCUGAACAUAAACUGGUUCCAGAAGGAGGCCAACGGCAACGACGAGGUUAGCAUGACGCUGAACAUUUCGGCUGACCUAUCGUCCCUGUUCACGUGGAACACAAAACAGGUCUUUGUUUUUGUAGCAGCUGAAUAUGAGACUCCACAAAAUGCCUUGAAUCAAGUUUCCCUUUGGGAUGGCAUUAUACCAUCAAAAGAGCAUGCCAAGUUUUUGAUCCAUACAACAAACAAGUACAGAUUUAUUGACCAGGGAAGUAAUCUCAAAGGCAAGGAUUUUAACCUGACAAUGCACUGGCAUAUCAUGCCCAAAACCGGGAAGAUGUUUGCAGACAAGAUAGUCAUGACAGGUUAUCGGCUCCCCGAGCAGUACAGAUAGAAGCUGAGUUAGCUCAAUGGAUGCUUUUCCCUUUCCUAUACAAAUGCAGUGAUUAUUGCGGGGCGCAGACAUGGGAGAAGGUUUGGUAGCAUUAACAUUGCCUAUGCUAAGCUUUUUCUUCUAAUCUUACCCAAACAUGUAAGCUUAUGUGCUAGCUGAAACCAGGCGAUACAUAUGUUGUUUGACUUGUCAUCACUUUGCGAUCAGAAGUUGGGAAAGAUAACAUGGGUGGAAGACGCAACUGUAACAGUGUAGAGCCUUUUGAUCGAACCCAUGCGUUGCAAUCUUGUUAAUUUCAAUGUUCUUUGUACCGAACUCCCAGUAUUUGCAGGUCGAGUUUUGUAGGAAGAGUGCAUUGGUUUUUACCCCCUUG